CGCCGGCGUGCGCCGGCGUGACGCGGCCCCGCGGGAUGGGCAGGGCCGAGGCCGAGGCGGGGACGGCGGCGGCUGGGAGAGCUAGAGGCGGCUGCCGCACGACGGUCCUCCGAUCCGACCGCCAUGAGCACCAAGCAGGUCACUUGCAGGUAUUUUAUGCACGGUGUGUGUCGGGAAGGAAGCCAGUGCCUGUUCUCACACGACUUGGCGAACAGCAAGCCAUCCACCGUCUGCAAAUACUACCAGAAGGGCUGCUGCGCCUACGGGGCUCGUUGCAGGUAUGAUCACACAAGGCCCUCUGCUGCGGCUGGUGGGGCCAUGGGCACUGUGCCCCAUGGGGUGCCCUCCCCGGCUUUCCACAGUCCUCGCCCUGCUUCUGAGCUCACUUCAUCGAUCGUGAAGACUAACUUACACGAGCCCGGGAAACGUGAAAAGAGGACGUUGGUACUGAGAGACCGAAAUCUCUCCGGCAUGGCUGAAGACAAGACCUGCCCCGGCGUGGGGAGUGGUCCUGGGGGCUGCAGCGACGCGCAGAGCGGCCCCGAGCUGAGGCCACACUCUUACCUGGACGCCAUCCGGAGCGGCCUGGACGACCUGGAGGCCAGCAGCUCGUACGGCGGCGGGCAGCAGCUGUGCCCCUACGCGGCCGCUGGGGAGUGCCGCUUUGGGGAUGCGUGCGCCUACCUGCACGGGGAGGUGUGCGAGAUCUGUAGGUUACGCGUCCUGCACCCCUUCGACCCUGAGCAGAGGAAAGCUCACGAGAAGGUCUGCAUGUCAGCAUUCGAACGCGAGAUGGAGAAGGCCUUCGCCCUCCAGGCAAGCCAGGACAAGGCCUGCAGCAUCUGCAUGGAGGUGAUCCUGGAGAAGGCGUCGGCCUCGGAGCGGAGGUUCGGGAUCCUCUCCAGCUGCAACCACACGUACUGCCUGUCCUGCAUCCGGCAGUGGCGGUGUGCCAAGCAGUUUGAAAACCCCAUCAUCAAGUCUUGUCCAGAAUGCCGCGUGAUCUCAGAGUUUGUAAUUCCAAGUGUGUACUGGGUAGAAGAUCAGAACAAAAAGAAUGAGCUGAUUGAAGCUUUCAAGCAGGGAAUGGGGAAAAAAGCUUGUAAAUACUUUGAGCAAGGCAAAGGGACCUGUCCAUUUGGAAGCAAAUGCCUUUACCGUCACGCUUACCCUGAUGGGCGGCUGGCAGAGCCUGAGAAACCACGGAAACAGCUCAGCUCUGAAGGCACCGUGCGGUUCCUUAACUCCGUGCGGCUCUGGGAUUUCAUCGAAAACCGAGAGAGCCGGCACGCCCCCACCACUGAGGACGUGGACGUGACGGAGCUUGGGGACCUCUUCAUGCACCUGUCCGGGGUGGCGCCGUCCGAGACCUGAAGAGCGGCCGCGCCCUCCUCGGGGGCUCUGUGGCCCAGCCUCACGCCACCAGGCGUGCCGAGCUCCGUCCACGGCAGCCCGGGGCAGCGGGUGCCGGAGUCAGUUGGGGCUCUACGCCUCUGGGUCUCAGCCACUCCGUUACUCCAGCGGUGGGAAGAGUGAAGGAUAUAAAAUAACCUAACACGUAGAUGGGGUCCUGCUUCUCUAGCUGCUACUGUAGUCGCCCCUCCAGCGUGCAGCUGCCCCCCCAGCAGCGGGUACUUGGAUCCCCAAAGGAGCCUCCCCCUUCAGAGGGCUCCUGUGUGGCGAGCCUCCUAGAGUGCUCAGCGUGUGCUCCACACGGGGUCUGCACCUUGCUUUUAGAACACCGCGGCCGCUGCACACCUUACUUGCCUGGCUCAGUUUGGCUGAGGCGCUCCAGGGCCCCAGGCAGGGCAGGAGCGUUGCAGCUGGGUGUUCCUCUGAGGGGGGCUCCUGAAGCAGCAGGGGGCAGAGCAGAUACGGCACCCCCGCCCCGUUCAGGGUUUGUUUUGGGGUCGCCGGGCAGAUAACCACCUUGCAGACACGCCCUGGCUCUCACCUGCUGGCUUGUGACCCCAGGGUCCCUGUACCAAGGGCUGCUGUGCUCUCUCCUCUGUAAACUGGCUUUGAGUGGAAGUUUUAUACAAAUGUAACAGCACCUAAGAACAGUUUCUAGUUCUGACCCAGCAGUGGUCCUAAGGAAAACCGAAUACAAGUCUCUCAUCAGUUGUGAUUGUAAGAGCUUAAAAUAUUGCCGAUCCCAGAACUCACUCCAAGCCUGAAUUAUCUAUUUUUAUAGACAUCUGUAGAUACCAGAUAUUUUAUAAACUGUAUUAAAGUAUGGGUAAA